UGGUGUGAAAGCUUUAUGGCGGUAAACUAGGGUUCUUGCGGAAGAGCGCCAGAUCCGGAUCACAGGCAUGGUGAAGCUGACAGUUAUAGCUCGGAUCACUGAUGGCUUGCCACUCGCCGAAGGUAUGGACACUGGAUUAGAGGAGAAGGAACUGGAUUUUUACAAGCAGCAGGCCAAGUCGCUGUUCAAGCGGCUGUCGCAUGGGCAGAAUCAGCCGUCGAGGAUGUCAGUGGAGACUGGCCCCUAUUUUUUUCACUAUCUCAUUGAAGGGAGAGUUUGCUACCUUACUCUUUGCGAUCGAUCCUACCCGAAGAAGCUCGCGUUUCAAUACUUGGAGGAGCUGCAGAGGGAAUUCGAGCGGCUGAAUCACUCGCAGAUCGAGACUGUUGCGAGGCCGUAUGCCUUUGUCAAAUUUGAUAUAUUCAUCCAGAAAACCAGGAAGCUCUACCUUGACACGAGAACGCAGCGGAACUUGUCCAGACUCAACGACGAGCUGUACGAAGUCCAGCAGAUAAUGACGAGAAACAUUCAAGAGGUUUUGGGCGUUGGUGACAAGCUCGAUCGUAAGCUUUCUUUCUUCUCUUCGUCUUCGUCAAACUCUUCCUCUUCGAUUGUUUCCUCUCUUGGUUUUUUAACGUUAUUUUCAUCUUUCGCAGAGGUAAGCCAGCUCUCAACCCGCUUGACGGCCGAAUCACGCAUCUUUUCGGACAAAGCUCGAGAUCUCAACAGACAGGCUCUCAUUCGAAAGUGGGCACCAGUUGUGAUCGUGCUUUCCGUAGUGUUGAUCUUCCUUUUCAUGCGGAGAUCUAUCUGGGGCUAGGAAUGAAACAAGAAAGAGUGGGUGUUGUUUAAAGAGCUCUACAGAGGCAUUCAGAGGAAGACAGAAAUCGAUUAUCAUUUUUCUUCUUGAGUGGAAGAUUGAUUAAAAAAAUAAGAAGGUUUCUUUGAGUAAA